AUGUCAUACACUCAUGAGCACGCCCUCGUUCCGCUUUCCAGACAACGACCUCAGCAGACGGACAACUUCAACAUUGAUCCAGUGCUUUUUCCAGAGUCUGCCCAUCAAAAAUUGGCAUCUGUAGCUGCACCUUCCCAAAGCAUCGCCACAGCCGUUCCCGAAGCAGAAGCCCUGCUUUUGCCAUUGAGACAGCCUGCCAGUGGACCAGCAAGAACCUCAAAAGGACAAGGCUGGGUUUCAAAUGAGAAGAGCACAAAAAAACUCUACUAUUCUUUGAAUGUCCCUGCUCUAAAGAGCCUAUGCUGUGAGUGGAACCUCAAGGUCAGUGGGAAGAAGGGCGAGCUUGUUGAGCAGCUUGAAAAGCAUGACCAGCAAUGCUUGCCCAAACCCAGGAUACCAAGCAGUAACGAGAGCCAACAGACAGAAAGAGAGACCCCCAGUCUGUCAGCUGCAGGCGCCGUUGUCGCUGGGACGGACCAAAUGGUCGACGUCGCAAAAGCGAUGCAAGAGUCCUUCAACCAGAUUCGAGAACACAGACAACGGUCCAGGUGA